GGUGCAUGGAGUGGGGGUAGUCGUCAGUGGGUAGCCGUCGGCGAGAGGUGGCGGUGGUUUUGUACGGUGAAGAAAAGAGGGGUUAAGUGAGCCGUGCCGGGCCGUAGAAGCGAGCUAGCGGUGGCGCGGCCCGUGCUCGUGCCAUAGGGCCUCUGCCAGACAGUAGUGCGUUCGUUUACAAGAUGGCAGACGGUCCGUCCGCGGAAGACGCGGCCACCGACCUGGGGGACGGUGAUUCUCGUUUAACCAGGGACCGACACAAACGUCAGGAGGGUCAGUCCCCGACAACGUCCUCGAGCACGGGUCAGGACACCGCGAGACGCAUCCACGAAGACGCUCCGUCGCUCGAGAGUCAUCCUCAUCAUCAUCACCAUCAGCAUCAUCCUCAUCCUCCUCACCAUCGGCAGCAACUUCAUCAACCUCAUCGCAAUCCCCGGCGUAAUUGUCAUGGGUAUCCGGCUCGUCGGCAGCCGAGCAACAAUAACAAUCCCGCGAAUACCAACAACAACAAUAACAACAACAACAACAACAACAACAACAACAACAACAACAACAAUCAGCAUUACAAUCGGUGCGAGAGCAUCGAGAACGGGGAGAACGGCGACGAGGUGAUAGUGGCUGGAAGUGAACGCGUUAGUAAAAUCGAGAGUGUUCAAAGUGCUGGUGCCGAUACGACGCGCGUUCUAUCGUUCGCUUCGUCAGUGCGCGAGGAUUACGAGGAAGAUGACGAGGAAGACGAGGAGGAGGAGGACGACGACGACGACGAUGACGACGACGACGACGAGGACGAUGACGACGAGGACGAUGACGAGGACGACGAGGAAGACGAAGAGGAGUACGAGGUUAGAUCUUCGGACGGGGACGGUGUCUCGAAAAAGUGUCACGGUGUCCGCCGCGUCGACGCGAAGACCGCGGCGGUCAGCCACGAGGGGAGCAAGGGUAACGAGCAUACCGGUAACAAGCAUAGCAAUCAUAAUAACGCGAAGAAGCAGAACGGUGCCGAGGGUGGCAUCGCGUCCCGCGGUGCGGACAAUGCCGCCUCCUCUUCGGCCGACGGUCGACGCUCGAGGUCCGUGUUCCUCGAGGCGAGCCGUCGCGGCGCGGCCGACGACGACGACGACGAUGACGACGACGACGACUCGGAGGAUGUCGCGCGCGGCUCGCCGGAGAAAUUGACGCGGCGCGGUGGUUGCGAGAAGGACAACGGGCACCAGAUCGUCGAGAGAGGUGUGCGCGUCGACGACGGGGACGCCGCUCGAAAGACGGACGGGAUCGCUGGUGAUGCUAGUGGUGAUGGUGGUGGUAGUAGUAGUAGUGGUAGUAGUGAUGGUGCUGCUGCCGCUGCCGCUGUUUCUGCGUCCGCCGCGGCUGGUGUUACGCCGAGCGGGCUGGUGCAGGCGGCCGCCAGGCAUCAGCAGGGCAGCCCUUUCAAGGGACAGGUUAGGACUGCCGAGGACACCCUGGUCGGCCCUUGCGGCAAGAAACGGUGCGCCGAUCGAUACGACAGCUCCGAGAGUUCCGACAGUGGCGUCGCGGUGUCCUGCGGGGAGUGCAGCAGCAGCGGUACCAGCGACAUCACGGAGCCGGGUUCCCCGUGUAGCACGAGCAGCGACGAGGGGGUAGCGAUACGUGGCGCGUCCGCCAGUCCACUUCCGUCCCUACCCAAGCUGGCGCCGUCCUCGCAGAUCGGUACCAGGCCCCAGUGGCCCUGGACCCCGCCACUGGCGGCCACCGCGUGCUCGACCUACAAGAGGCUCAAGGGCGAGCCCGAGGCUGGCGCCGUACCGAGGUCUGGGGCCGCGGACCCAACCUUCCGAGGGACCGGCAAGUCGAGCACCGGCAAACCAAACGCCGGUCACCACCAUCACGAGACCCAGGGGAAGAUCACCGAGUACUUCAAGACUCAGAUCAAGCCUCAGCAGUCCAAGAUCAAGAAGAACAGCGAAACGAUGUCAGUGCUGGUUGCGAAGAGCUCGUCGGAGUUCAGGAGGCCACCCACGGUGCAGAGGAACAAGGGCGGAUUGGCCAAGUACCUGGGCACCGUCUCGCCGAACGGCAGGAACGCGUCCAGCAACGAUUGGGAAGUGAGAACGUUGACAAUGUCGCCGCCGCCGACGAAAAAGACACCGCCGGUAAUCGUGCCGAGGACCAAUGGUAAGAUGGACAAGAAGUUACCGAAACCAGUGCCCAGUCUGCCCAUCUCGAAUGACGUAUUGAAGAACAUGCCAAGCUGCAAGAUCACGUCGAUCAGGUUAACGUCCGAAGCUAGCCCGAACGCGAAGAACAUCUCGCAGCAGUCGGCGCCGACCCCCGCCGCCACCACCGAGGCCACCGCGCUCGACUUCAAGGGGUGCAUCCUGUCGAAGCCGCACGUCAACGAGAACAACAACCUGACGAACGGCUGCGGGUCGAUCCUGGGCUCGUUGAGGUCACAGGGCGGCCAGGACCUACUGUCCAGGCUGUCGGUGCCAGAGGACACCGAGGCGAAGGUCACGCAGGCGAGUCCAGCGGACGAGGACGACGUCGAGGAGGAAGAGGAGGACUCCAGGAGCAGCGAGUCGAGGAGCUGCGAGUCGAGGAACAGCGAGUCGAAACCACCGCUUUCGCCGAUACUCUCCGCCCCGACUACCAUACGAUUUCCAGCCAGAGAACCCGAGAAGGAUCGGCAACAGACGACGGACAGCGGCGUCUGCCGAUGGGACAAGUGCGAGGAGAGCUUCGAAUCCAGCGGAGGGCUCCUUGAACAUCUACAGGCGGCGCACAUCAACACGCAGACCGGCGGCGACAAUUUCGUGUGCCAGUGGCAGGGCUGCAAGGUCCAAGGGAGGAGUUCCUGCUCGCGGAGGUGGCUGGAGCGGCACGUGUUGUCCCACGGCGGGAACAAACCGUUCCGGUGCAUCGUCGACGGUUGCGGCAGCAGAUUCAGCUCGCAGACCGCUCUCGAGAGGCACGUGAACGGACACUUCAACCAACCGGAAACCAGCAACAACACCGGCAGGCGAAGCUGCGAGAGCGGCGGGAAGCUGGUCAGAAGAAAUGGGAAGCGGCUCAGAUACAGGCGACAACCUUGGUCCGCGAGACUGUUCGACUACUUCGACUCGGGAGUGAUGGAAGGCCUCCAGCACAGGUUACUCCAGUUGGCGAAAUCGAGGACGCAAGGUCGUCUCGCCGAGACACCAGGAAACUCAAUGGCCCUAACUAGUCAAGUUUUAGCUCGAAGAGUGGAAAUGGAUGGAAAGACUAAAGUGUUGUUGCGGUGGUAUCCUCCAGAUAUCGAGCCAGACGAGUGGGUGCUCGAGUCCGAGGUCCGAAGCACGAAGAACGUAGGGAUACGCAAAGUGGCGUCCGCCAAUCCGGAAGAGGUGAGUGUGGCGCUGUAUUCGGCGAUAAGCGGCGGCACGCCGCCGUUGACGCGGCCGAAGCAGCGCCGGAAACCGGUCAAGAACUCGUGAUAAUGUCGGCCGCGGUGAUCGAGGACAAGUGUGACGAAGCAGCGACGACUAAGCCAGAAUUAGGGACGGGUCCUGUAUCAGGACGAUCGUGCUUCCUGGUCUGGGUAGAGAGGAGCCCGGCAAGGGAACCGGAACCAGAACGUGUCCAGAAGGUAUCAUAACCGGAGUUAGACGUGUUCCGUCUGCGCGAGCCGGAAGAAGGAGGCGAGGAAAACGGCGCGAGCGAACGGGGACGACGAAGCAAGACGAGUCCAAGACGAAGACUAAUAAAAGACACAGACGAGGGACGCGAGUCCCGUAACCGCGGCUCCUACGAGGUACCCGCGUUACGGGGUCGGGGAACGAAACGAAGAUGGGACAAACAAAUCGAAAGAACACCGGGAACGGAUGCAGCAAUAAGCACCCGCUAGGAGGAACAAUACAUUCUAAUUUAUUUAGCCUAAAUCCGUUGGUCGUUAGGUAAAAACUGUAAUAGUAGUCGUGGAUAGCGAUGAAAAGGAUAUUCUUGUUGCCUAUCGAUAUCGAAAGAGAAAAGAGUCUCCAUACGUUUGGGGUCGAUUCCUGCCACGAGUGCCUGUCCUGCAAGCCGGCACUCGUUGGACUCGGAAGAGCUGGGCUUGGGCCUCGAAAGUGCCUCACCGUGGAUACGUUUUAUAUCGUUGACCGCCGUGCGAAGACCAAUGACCGGACGGUGGAGUUGAAUUUAAUAUGGAAUUUAAAGAGGAAGAAAAAUGCGAAAAAAAAGGGAGGAUCGAGAGUCGAGGAGAGGGACGACGAUUGCGCGACACCGCGACGGAGAUUUUACGGGGGGCGAACCGCUCGAUUCGCGUUCGAGGGCGAGGAGGACCGCGACGAUGACGCUGAAAGCAUAAGAGAAGCGAGGAAAAAUAAACUGUUAAACGUUAGUUAACGCGUGGUGGAUAAGGAGAUAAUCACUCUGGUGGCCUUAGGAAUCAAUUAAUAUCUAGCAACGGCCCCUUGGCGCUUCCGGGCCCUGUUUGAGUGCCCCGCGAUAGAGGCCAGGAGAUAGGGGCGGAGAAGGGAGGCGUGAACCGCGAACUUUUUCUGACUCAUUCUCGACCCUUGAGACCAACUCUCGGAAGGUGAUGCAUCUACCUCGAUCUUCAGCUCGGUAGAAAUUUUCGCUGGCCGUCGUCGUGCGGCGGGGAAGAGGGAGGGAACAAAGAGAUGCGUAGAAGUAGAGAAUCCGAAAAGAAGGCACACGGUAGACGGAGAAAAUUGAGCGCAUCGAACGAAAACGAAGAGAAGACGACAUUUUUGGCUCGUUCAUCAUUAAUACCGAUAAUCCACGUGACAGAUACCGUUCAGUCGGGCGACCCGUUCGCCAACGAGAUUUCUAUCGAGGUAUAUUCCGUAAUUACCUUUCCGGAGAAAAAGGGACGCUGUACAAAAUGCAAACGAAAAGCAAAAGUAAGAAUCCCCGGGACCCGGGACAUGCUUGCCGCGCGACGCGUGUCCGACGUCUCGGCGUGGUUUCAAUAGUCGCCUAUUUUUUAUCAUUCUGCCGGAUCCACGUGCAGCAUGCCAACGCGAACCUGUCGUUGCGCGGCGAACCAAAAGAGAAGAAGAGAAAAGAGAAGACAAGAGAAGAGCGGAGAAAAGAUCGAAAUCGAGAAAUCGUUUCUCUCCGUUCACCCCUCUCGUUCUUAUCUCUCGAGUCGGCGUCGUCGAGAUCACCGCCGAAACCAGGAAUCUCCGGAUCGAGUAUUUUUCGACCGUUCGACGGCAAACAAUUCACUGUUCGGUUUCUAUUUUCAUUUCGUAUCUUUCGUGGUUUCUUUCGCCAUCGUUCAUCACCGAAGAUCGACCAGCACACAUGUCUCAGUUCCAUGAAUCCGCGCGAACGCCACUCUAUCGACUCGAGGCGAAUCAAAGUCCGCAGGCCAAGAUCCGAAGCAACAACCGUUCGAACCACGCCCGAGUCGGAGAUACCUGGGCCGAAACGAAGACAUAGAAAUACGGAAGCGGAAGCGGAUCGGCGAAGCUCGGCAACGAAAGCGAAUUCGCGCAUCGUGCUGUACGCGUUCGCGUACGCGAGAAGCUGUUGCUCUGUAUAGGGAGAUAGAAAACACGAUGGCUGUGUUACAUUUUCCACGGAGUUGCUGCACAGGCUUUGGAAGAUGUAUUAUGAAGAGAAAUAAACUAACGAACGAGGAACGAAGAGGAGAAGGGCUCGGAGGUGUAAGAAGAGGAGGAGGAUGAGAAGAACAAGAAGAAGAAGAGGAAGAAGAUGGAGGAGCAAGAAUAGAAGCAGAACAAGGAGGAGAGAAGAAAGACAAGGAGGGAGACUCGCGCGAGAACACUCGGAAACGUGUCGAAUCGCUAUUUUCAUAGAUGUAGACAGGCCGAGAUCGUAGAAGUAUAUUUCUCGUAUCGCGAAUUAUAACUUCUGACAUUGCGGAAUGUGAUCGCGCACGUGUAUACAUAUAUAAUUGUAGUGGAUAAACAGAUGAAUGCUUGUAAAUUAAGGGAACCGAGGCGAGAAGGGUUAGGGAAUACGUGUCGAUGACGUGUUGUGUAGCUAAGGUAGCGGAAGGAGGAUCACUGGCCGAAGGUAGAACGUGUACAGAGACAGGGAACGACAUGAAUUGUUAGCGCGCGUAGAGAGCGACGAGUGCUUGGGACACACACGGACGGAAACACACCUACACACACCAGCUAAGAAACACUGCCAAUACGAUUGUAAUUAAGAACUCUAGGCUAAUUGAUCGAUUAAUUAUUCUUACUAUUAUUAUUACGAUUAUACGUGUAAUCCGAUAGAUCUCUAGUUGCCCGCGAAGAAAUUGUAUAAGAGGCGCGUCGGGCGUCCCGUUCGCUGCAGCCGCGCGGCCGCGCCCAGAGAUUUCGUUCGACUUUGUAAAUGGCGUCGCGUCGCGUCGGUUCGCGCGUUCACCGGCGACGGGACGCGGUCGCGAGACACCGUGUACAUAGUUAGUCGAAAUUAUCGAUGGAUCGCCCGGUGGCGAUCAGCCUAUCAGCUUGCGACUUCAAGCGGACGAAAGAUUGUUCUUUUUCAAUCCGAGGGAGCCACUCGUUUUUGGAGGUGAAUCGCGGUGGGCCGUGAUCCGCGAGGGCCGAGACCGAUCGACGCCGGAUACGGGGACGGAGGGAGAGCCGGGGAUAUGAAAUGUAACGCGUCACUGCCAAAAAUCGCGCACUGCCAACCGUAACGUUAUCGCGGUAGACGAUCCUUAGAAGCCUUAUUCGUUUCACGCUUGUAUUUUAAACCGAUCCCCGUCGAUCGUUCACCCGUCUCGCCGAUCGCGCGCCGCGAUCGUUCCUCCUCGUCGAUCCCCUCCUCAGCGAGCGCGUAAACGAGACUACUGCCAACAACUGACGUCGACCGACGCGAACCAAGGCACUGCCAUCGAAAACAUAAAGCAGAGAACGAACGUGACAAAGACGUAUAUACACCUGUACGGUUAUAUAUGUGUAUAUGUAUAUGUAUAGCUCUAUCUCUGUGUAUACGCGUCAUCAUCCCCCGUUCAGCCGUAGACGCGACCGAUCGAUUUCCAUUCCCUCGCGCGACUCUUCCGUUUUCCUCUUUUUUCCGUAUCGCCGAGACACGAUUAUUUCUCCUCGUUAACGACGCGCCGUCGUCGCUCGUUUCACGCAACUAUUACAAUCUCUCUCUUCUUUCUAAACCCUUUCGUUGCGGGGUUGACUGACCCGCGCAAGAUUCGGCGUAACGUUCGCUGCCUUCUAAUAUCGCGGAACUCGAUCGUUUUUUUCUUUUUCUUUUUACUCGACCGGGUGAUUCUUAGUCCUGGACGUUUACCAAGGCGAGGCGUACAAUGAACGGAACAAAGAUUCGGCCGCGAUACAGGUAAACUAUCUAGUUUGUACACUAAUGUAGAUAUAUCGUGACGUGAUAAUGGGAAGAAACGAUUAGCGGAGUAAAAAAAGAUAAUAGAAAAUUCAGCUGGUGAAGAGCUCGGUCAGCUGUCGCAACAGAAGGGUGAACGUUCGUUCCGGUUCCGUUUUGGCAUCUACCCUCAGUGCCAUACGCGUGUCCCGUGCGCUGCCAGCUUCUUGUGAUUUCUUGUGUUCGUCCCCAUGCCUGUUCGUGUUCAUCGAUUCACAUCUCGUGGCGUGAUUUGAUCGCGGUGCUCGAUCGCCGUUCCCUCUCGGUCCACUCUCGUCGCGUUAGACCGUCAGCCCCGUUCGUUCGUUCGUUCGUUCGUCCGUUGUCGGGACGCGGAUCAAAAGGAAACUCGUCUUAUCAUACGGCUGGGACCAAUAAUCUCUCGCGUUUGUUUUCGUUACUCGCAAACGGUUCGGAGUUCAUUUUUAGGGAAUCGUCGAUCGUGUUCAGCGGCGAUCUAAUAAUUAGGUUUAGAUGGGAAUUGCGUUCAUUAGGUAGAGAUAAUUUAGCGGUUAUUCGCACGGUUUAGGGUAAAUCGUUCAUUUGAUUCACGGGGGUGGAACGGCGGGGGAAACUUUCGGCCACUCAGUCGCGCUUGAUCUCGUGGUAUAAUUGACCGUAGCGUAAAAUAUUUUUAGCGGCGGAGGUAGUUGUUCGAUAGCCCCCGAGUCUAUUCGGCGCCCGUUUCGAAAUUUCCGUUUCGCUGAUCGUGGUCGAGCCUGGUGGUUUAAACGCUUCGCUCGCUCGGAGCCUCUUUAUCGGCUGCCCGACGACUGUGCUUAAUCACUUUAGAACCUUAAUCAUUGACGUUUGUAUUAUAAUCGCAAGAAAAUUAUUGGAUACAGUUUGAACCGCGUAGACCGAAAAGGAAUUCGCGACGAUCGCAUUCGAUCGAUAAGUUUCGUUUGAUAUUAUAAUUGUAGAAAAUUCAUCGAUCACCGUCGAACCGACAAGCGUUCGGCGUACACGAAAACGCGCGAGGCUUAUAAUUUAGUGAUUCUUUUAUCGAUUUCAACCCCUACGAAUCUUGAAGACGGUCGCGUCAGUUCGAUCGAUCGGAACACAAAAUCGCCCGCUUAACGAGGAAAAUUCCGUUCCGCGAGGUAAAAAGAGGCAAAACGAUCCAGACAGACGGGGGCGUAGAGGGGAAGACAAAACCGUCAGCGUUUCACAUUUAAGUUCGAUUAAAAGAUAAUUUGCUGUACGCUUGUUUUAUUUUUCCUUAAUCUUCCUGCUCUAUCGUCGAGAUGACCGCGCGCACUUAUUCCCCGUUUCGCGAUUAUCCUUCCGACCCGUUUCCUCACGAUUUCCCCGUUCCCCCAUUCCCCUUUCAUUUUUAUACCGAGGAUUUUCUCGCGUUGUACCGACACCUUUGCCCGCGGCGACUUUAUAACUGUAAAUGUAUAUUUUAGCGAGGCGUUGUAAAGACUUUGCGUAAGAUAAUGUAGAUAAUCACCGGCCAUCCGAAGGAAUCCGCAGCAUACGGCGAGGCGAGACGCAGAGCGAGGCUCGCUCUCGAGUCUCCUUUCCGUUUUAGAGAAUCACCUUCGACGGCCGCGUUUCUCGUCCGUUGCCGCUUCUCCUCGGCGCCCGGUGUUGCGUUUGUACAUGUGUAAAACGUGUGGAACGACGGAGAAACGCUGUUCAAGGAAGGGAGAAGCGUGGCAGAGAGGAAAAGGGAGAGACGCCGCGCGGCGGAGAACGCCGGGAUACACUGGGGAGACGCAUUCUGUACAUAAAAGAAAAUCGAAUCACGGUUUUUCGAGGGGCGGGGAGGACUGCAGAACAAAGAAACGACGGGCGAGAAAGCGUGAGAGAAAGGGACAAAGUACGAAAGGGAAGGUGGACGCCGGUGGACGUCGUAUUUUUGCAAAUCUAGAGGAAAAAUGAGGGACGCUUUAGACGAAAGAUGAAAAUGAUUAAAUGGGAACGAGGAUUAUCGUUGGAAAUCUCUCUCUCCUCUGUUCGUUCUCUCUCUCUCUCUCUCCCCGCGACUCCCUUCCUUCGUCGGAUCGACUAUCGCGUUCCCUUUGACGCGGUUGUUCCGAAGCACAAGGGAAUCAUCGCUAUCUACCGGGAGGUAGACUCGCGUGCCGUCUCUUUCUCGUGUCAGAGGCGUCGCGACGUCGGCCGAUCGCUUUACCAACGGAGAAUCAGUGCUAGACGUAGAGCCGGGGACAACGUUAGCGAUUCGUUCGUUUUGUUUUUCACGAGAUGGCCGACGGUUGCUCGGCAACAGGCGCCGCUUCUUCCGUUUAUCGUCGAUUCGGCUAUCGCUCGCCGAUUAAACUCUUGAGUACCGUUCCGCGCCGAUUAGAAUCUGGUUAUCGGAGCUGCCGGACCCCCCACUUUCUUUCCGUCUUUCUGCUCUUUUUCCCCGACAUUUCCACGUUCUCUCUCCACUCACGCGCGCAACACGGCGAAAUAGACACGCUAUAAAUACCGAGUAUUUGAGAUCUACGAAUAGAACGUACUUAAGGGUUAAAUCGAGCAGGAAAAGCCGCUUGAGACGCUCGACGUGCCAGCGGUUCGGAAUUAAACCGAGCGACGCUCGAUCCGCCAGACCAAUCGAUCGAUAUCCAUUCACCGUCGUGUCACCUGUGUGUAUCACCGAAACGUUCCACUCGAGAUAGAUCCGCGUAGACGACGGAUCCUCGUCGAUAUUUAAUUCCGAAACGCCGGGCGCUUUUGAUACUCGAGACGCGCGCCGAUGGAAGCUUCGGUUCGUCGGAGCAACGAACAACGACGCGCCUGUCAGGACCGCUCGUGACGACGGACGGCUUUCUAGUUUUCACGGCGAGACAUGACUUGUAAAUGUACAAAGAGUAUAAACGAAAAAUAAACGUAGUGGACACUUGGACGAUUGCGUCGAGUUUCGGUGGGCGCGACGGACGGGAGGGAAAUUUUAUUUUUCGAGGAGCCUCGAAAACACCCGUCUCACGCCGACCCGCCCCGGUCUGUAAAUAUCGAGUGCCGCGUCCCGAUCUUUGCCUCGAGUACCGGUCUGCUCGUAACGUGUCGUUGAUGUAGCAUUCGCAUUUAUUAGGAAUUCUGUGUAUGACGAGGGCAGCGGUCGUGACGAAUGGUUCGCUUGUCACUUCUCGGAGAGAAACUCUCCAGGUACUUGAUUCUAUUCCGCUGACCGUUCCGUAUCUUUCGUUCGUCGAUAUCCACGCGCGUUUUAACCCCUGUGCGUUAUUCACUCGAGUCGAGUUCUUCGGAAGAACUGUUGCAUCUCGAAUGUCAUUGAUACUUAACGAAAACAGAUAGAAUUAUGAAAACAGAUACAUUUGAAAAGAAUAGUUGAACAGAGACCCGUGUAAGAUUGAAUAUACGGUUAGAAGCAAUUAAAAAUAUAGACGUUUAACGGUUUAAAUAAGAUCGAGUCUGGACUCAGCCCAUAUCUAAGAGGUUCAUAUAAAAUACCGAUGAGUUUUAAAGAGAAAUUAAAAGGCGUUUUGUUUAUUUACGAAAUAUUACUGUGAGAACCAGCUACAGAACACACGGGUUAAUCGCGAGCCACGCUUAGUGAUAUACUGAAUCAGUUUCUCGCACCGACGCUUCUUUUCAUACGCGUUUCCCCUGAUUCGUCGAGUAGGCCGCAUUUCGAUGUUCGUCACGAGUGCUGCGGUGUCGCUUCGGUUUAGAGAAAGGACGGCUUGCCUCUUGCAUAAAACAAGUAGAGAAAUAGAUCGCAUAGUUUCAGGUAAUACGAGUUCUAGGCUGUAGAGAUCGCGUGCGACGGCCGCGUCCGUCUUUUCGACGCGAGCUAAAUGAAAACGCGAGAGCGAGGGGGAGCAGCGGGGGAACGUUCCGCGCGCGUGUUACGUUUCGACCGCGUUUUCCCGAUCGGCGGCGAGUCGUUGGAUAAUCGGAAAGCAGCGCUCUUUCACCAGUGAAAACUGGAAAGCCCGCCAUCGUUCUCUUUGCCGGGAAGAUCCGUCGCGUGACUCGCUCGCGCGAUCGUUGUUUCUUCGGCAACCUAUUUUUCACGCGAUCCCGACGAUGUGGCAGCUCGGACCGUGAUUAAUUACCCUCCUCAAGGAUAUCGGUACACGCAUUCUUGUUUCGUAGCAACAUACCUCGAGCCUUUAUACAGAUGUAAACGUUUCAAGGCUAAUUCACAUUGCUCCAUUAACGCGAUGAGAUUCGAAAGGCUAAAAUGGCAAGAAAAUGAAAAAUGUAGUAGCUGUGAUAAAUCUUCGUUUCUUAGUUUCCGUUCUGUUAAUUAAAUCGCUUCGGUCUCGCCGGAUUCGUACGGGUAGCGGUUCGAUGCGUUGGCACGGUAAUUAUUUUCAUUCUUUCUCGUUUCGUUUCGUUCGUAUCGAUUUCAGUCGCGUCGAGUACAGUUACGUCGGGAGCUUGUUCUCGAUCGUCGGGCAUCGCGACACAAACGACGACGACGAUUGCCAACCGUGCGAAGGACCGCCGACGAUCGACUGCCACCUCGGUUCGCGGAUCGCGCGUGAAACGCGUUGCAUCGAACGCUGCGCGGACAUGCAGGAAACGAAACCAGAAAACGGGGAGGAGGAUUGCUUCGCACUGCCAAACGAAGAAGGAAAUGGGAGCUUAGCGUCUCGCGUUCGUCUCGCGUCGGUUCGAUCUUGUCGAGCGAUCGUCGGAAGCACCGCGGUGUUCAUUAAUCCACACAGUCGUGGCUCGCUCCACGGAGGAAUAAUAAGAGAAACACGGAAAUGCGUUGAGAAAACAAAAAAAAAGAAAGAGAGCGAAGAUGACGAGAAGAGAUGGCAGUAAUACCUAGGCGAAGCGCGCGCGCCAAGAUUUUUUUAAGACCCUCAUUAAGCGUGACCCGGAGGAAACAAGCGUCGAACAGUGCUUUUGACUUUUUGGAUACUUUCAUGUACAAAACACGAAUGACGAUUUAUAGCUCAAGGAGAACAUUAAAGAGACAGAUAUUGUAAGAGAGUAAUAAUAAUUUCACGGUUGCGAUAUCGUA